AUGGAGAAGGUAGAGAUCCACCCAUUGUGGCAUGAAACUUGGACACAGGACUUGCUCUAUAAUGGUCACGGAUCGGAGGCAUUGGAUCGUAUUUUGAACGACGUUAAGCAGAGAGGAAUCAAAGUGCUCCGGGUCGAAUUCACCGAUAUUAAUGGCAUCACGCGUUGUAAGAUGGUAGCAGUGCACAGUCUGGAGGAAUUGACUUCGAACCUGACAAGGGGCUUCCUCUUCUCUCCGAUAAUCUUCAUGAAAGAUCCAGCGGGGAUCACUUUCGAGUCGACUUUCAAGAGAAAAUAUUAUUUCACCGAUGUCUGCGCCCUGCCAGCUCUGGACACCUACAGUGUGAUUCCUUGGCUCGAGGAUACAGCAAGGGUCACAUCAGCUCUCUAUCACCUCAAUAUGAUAGACCUUGUGGUAGAACAUCCGAGGAACGUGGCGGAGAAACAACUUCGGCGUUUGGAAAGUCUGGGGUUUUCGCUGCUGAGCGCUUACGAAUUAGAAUGUCGUUUAUCCGACGCGAAAGGUCAAGAGCUGGUCGCAGACCGGAUAGGAUUCGCUGGCAGUACCGUCCUUCUUCUAACGGUCAAGGACUAUAUCAAACAGUUGUUUGACUGUUUGCCAAAGGUCGGAGUGGUUGUGAAUACUGUUCACUCCGAGAGUCCUGCGGGAUCUCUGGAAGUUACCACAGAGCCUUCGUUUGGAAUAAAGGCUGCUGAUGACGCAGUCAUGUGUAGGAAUGCAUGCAAAGAUAUCGCUCUCUGCAAUGGGUAUACUGCACAUUUUCUAGCAGACCCCAAGUGGAAUGGGGAUGGAUUUACUCUCCAUUUUAACCAUUCUCUUUGGGACAAGACUGGUAACGUGAUGUCCAACAAGACGGGUGACCUGACUGACACGGCAAAACAUUGGAUUGCUGGUCUGCUCGCCCAUGCCCGAGCGCUAACACCCCUCAUGGCUCCCACCGUCAAUGGAAUCAAGAUGUUUGGUGCUUAUCAACCGCCCAAUUGGGUAGAACCAUCGUUCAUUACCUGGGGCAGACAUAACCGCUCGGUUACAUUCCGCGUCAAGAAUGGCGAUGGGCCAACAGGAUCGUACCUAGAGAAUCGGCUCGGAAGAAGCGAUGCAGAUCCAUAUCUUCUGCUUGCAGGUACCGUAGCUGCAGGACUGGACGGCAUCGUCAACAAACUGAAUCUGCCUUCGGAAUGCACAGGGGACGCUCACACGGACAUUCCACCCGGGACGCCAAGAGUUCCAUGUGAUAUGGAAGAAGGAGUCACUGCUUUGGUGGAAGAUAAGGUCCUAUGUAAAGCUCUCGGCAAGGACUUCAUUGAUCUCAUUGUCGCUGCGAGGAGGCAUGACAUCGAACUUUACAAUACAACAAAGAAAAUGCAAUAA